GCCUGCCAUGAGGAAAACUGUGACUUCAUGAUCAUCCUGUGUCCCUCCUGCAAAGAGCUGAUGAGAGCCAACGAGCAGGAGCGGCACAACGAGAGAGAAUGUCCCGAGAAGACGCUCAACUGCAAAUACUGCAAAGAGCCCUUCCUGUUAAAAAACAUCAAGGCUCAUGAUGAGAUCUGUCCAAAGUACCCGCUGAUCUGUGAAGGCUGUGCAAAGAAAAAGAUCCCCAGAGGAAAGUAUGUGGACCAUAUUAAAUUCUGCAGUAAAUUUAAAGCACCAUGCCGAUUCCAUCUUGUUGGCUGCGAUACGUCUGUGGAGAAAGAGAAGAUCCAUGACCAUGAGAGGCAGUGCUCGUACGAACACCUCAACAUGCUCCUGCAUUUCAUCAUGGGCAUCAAGGUGAGCCUGGAGAGCCUGCAGCCCCAGAGCCUGGAGGCCGCCAGCCACAAGCUGCAGGAGCUGCACCAGUCCCUCUGGGAGCUGGAACUCCAGAUGAGCCAGCUGGUGGGGGGAGGGGGGUUGGCGCCCUCCGUGCAGGGUGCCUACGCCCCCACCCUGGCCCCCUCCUUCACCCCGCUGCCCAGCGGCGUGGAGGCUGCUCUGGUGCUGCAGCUGCAGAGCGAGAAGGCCAAGGUGGUGGAGCUGAGCCGCCGCUGCCAGGAGCUGGAGCUCAAAGUCAGCACGUUCGAGAACAUCGUGAGCGUCCUCAACCGAGAGAUGGAGCGCUCCUGCACCUUCGUGGAGGCCUACAACCGCCAGGACAGACUGGACCAGAACAAGAUCGAGAUCCUCAACAACAAGGUGACCUCUGCACUGCAGCUAGCAUCACGCUAGGAGGGAUAUAAGGUUGUCAUGGCAGC